GUUACGUUUGUGAGUACGUAGCCAUAAAGCGAGACAACUUUCUUUCCUCGUUACCCCGAAAUCCUGUCACAGAUUUUGGACGCGGUUUCAGAGAAGCAGUCUUUUUAAACACAGCAACGUCAAGAUGGUGGCAAAGCAGAGAAUCCGCAUGGCCAACGAGAAGCACAGCAAAAACAUCACGCAGCGAGGCAACGUCAAAUCGACGAAAAACACCACGGAUGACAAAGUCUCAGUGGGACCAUGGCUCCUGGCGCUUUUUAUCUUUGUCGUGUGUGGGUCAGCCAUAUUUCAGAUCAUCCAGAGCAUCCGAAUGGGAAUGUAACAGGAAGUACAGAUGCACCGCCCAGCGACGACUCGCCAUUCCUACGUACUACUUCCUGCUCCUUCGCAAUAAAGGAAUUUCUGCCCGCACCUUCAGUUUAAUUUGAGCGAUUUCUUCUGUCUGAGGUCGUUCGGCGUGCGAUUCCUCUUCCUGUGCCUUAUUACCAUGAGAAGAUUUCAUCAAGCAAUUAACUGCUGUCCACUACGCUUUGUUGUUUCAAUGCAGGCUAAGAUGUGACUUGUCUUAAUUUCUUACAUUCCUCUGGAGCAUGUGGUAAUUUUUAUCCCUAGAUGAAGGCACUUGAUGUAUCCUUUCUUUUAAUAUUUAACUGACCAAAUAGUGGGAAAUUUGCACGAGGUGAAGGAUAUAAAAAUAAAUAAAUAAAUAAAGCCGGGAACAGGAGCAUAUAACCCAAUCAAUCUGAGAGAUCAACCCUCUCCCUUUGACCACUCAUGUAAUUUUCUUUCAUUCCUGUAUGAUUUUGCGAUUCUAACAGUAUUUCCGUUGGCUGCCUCUGUGUGUGUUUCAGUUCUGAUUAGCGCCAGAGUUUUGGGCUACAUAUGGGCUUCGUCUCAUUUAAAGUUCUCAGGCACACACUCUUUGGGAUACCCCAUAGUGACCUAGAAAUUGUGCAGUUAAUGGAAGCUUUGAAUAGAUCAUGGGGUGAAACUGAAAUAAAAUGUCAUUGAGAGCAUAGUUUCUGUUUGUCCUCCUUAAUUUAUUUAUUUUAUUUUAUUCCCCCCCCCCCUCCACACCACCUGUAAAACAAACCAAAUGUUGAAGUCUCACGAAGUUUCUUUUGACGGUAGUUCUCGACAAGUUUCCGCAAAGUACUGAGAAAUUCUACUUGCGUUUAGAUAAUGUUUCCAAAUUGUACUCGAUUGAAAGUAGAAAAAAAUGCCAACAACAUGUACUCCAGUAAAAGUGAAAAAAAAAGUGUUACUUAGAAAAUAGAAAGUAUUAAGGUUUUUUUUUUUUAACUUUUUUAAAGUUGAAAGUUUUAAAGAGACUAGAUUUUUUUUCCUGUAAACAUCAUUCAAUCUCUGUAAAUACGAAUAUUUACCAUUAGCUAGAAUUUGACUUGCUGCCUAGCUACUGGAAUUGAUGCUAGUCUAACAUGGCAUUAGCAACGAAAACUUGGUUAAAAUUGAGGUAGGUUACUGAGGUAGGGCCAGGGAUGCCCUAAUAUAAAAUGACAAUAUAAAAUAUCACUUUAUUUAAUAUAAAAGAAUAUAUUUUCUCCAGUGAAUGUGAAAUUUGAACAGUUUGGGAUCCCCAUUGUUGGUAACGAUGUUCUGCUGUGCGUUACAUGACCUCCUGAUGUUUGGUGUGUGGAUGUGUGGUGUGUUUGUGUAUAUUUGUCUUUCUGGAUAUUGGUUGGUUUGUGUAUAUUUGGUGUAUGUGUGUGUGUAUAUUUGGUGAUGUUUGUGAAUAUUUGGUGUAUGUACAGUAUUUGUUGACGUUGGGUGUAUAAUACUAAAUAUGUAUUUCGAU